AUUGUGAUAAACCUGCAGUGGUUUUCAGUUUCUUUAACACUUGAAUGGGGGUUGCUGCCGCUCAAGUAGUGGAGAAUCCAUGCUAUCCUAAUUCCUUUAAGGUGCACCAUGUGAUGUGCACAGAACUUAGUAAGUUGGUUGAUAGAAUUAUAAAGAUAUUUCCAAAAAUUGAAGCUGCUCGACCUAGAUGCUCCUCAGGAAUUAAGGCCCUAUGCUCACUCAACAGUGCAAUUGACAAAGCAAAGUUACUUCUUCAAUACAGCAGCGAAUCCAGUAAACUCUAUCUGGCAAUAACGACACAUGCCAUAGUUUCAAGAUGUCACAAAUCGAGAAACUUGUUGGAACAAGGUUUAUGCCAAAUUCAGAGUAUGGUUCCCGUUAUGCUUGCUGUUGAGAUCACUCAAAUUGUUGAUGAUCUUCAAGCUGCAAAAUUUAUCCCUGAUGAAUUUGAAAAAGAGGCCGGGAAGGUUGUAAGAGAAUUGCUCCAGAGGGGAGCUACAGCAUCAGAUUCAAUGGAGCACGCCGAAAUUAGAGCUUUUCAAACAGCAGCGUCACAACUUCAUCUUACAUCUUUAAUAGCCAUCUUAAUAGAGAAAAGAUCUAUUAAGAAGUUGCUGGAAAAAGUUGGUGACUCCGACCAACAAAAGAAAAAGAUCUUAAGAUAUCUUUUGUAUCUGUUGAGGAAGUAUGCGAAUCAGAUUAUUGAAGAGCAAACAGACUACACAACUGAUCGGAAUGAAGGAGCAUUUGCAAGUAAUGACCCCAGUACUGAUUCUAUGCACGUUCACACUUUUAACGUGGAAUCUUGCAUGGAGCAUAAGCAGUAUGACGCUCAAGCUGAUAAGUUAAGCACUGCUACUCUUCCCGAGGAGUUUAAAUGCCCCAUAUCUUCAAGAUUGAUAUAUGAUCCCGUUAUCAUUGCUUCUGGACAAACAUUUGAAAGGAUUUGGAUCCGGAAGUGGUUCGAUGAUGGUAACGAUAUGUGCCCAAAAACGGGGAUGAAACUAGAGAAUCUGUCACUAACUCAAAAUGCUACCAUGAAGGAUAUGAUAUCAAAAUGGUGCAUGAAGUAUGGAAUCACCAUUCAGGACCCAAGCAUGCAACCUGAUGUGCUUCACUUGUUGGAAACUUCUUCCACUUCCGUAGCUAGUUUUGGCAGUUAUAUAAAUGAUUUGCGCUUUCCAUUGGACAUCAGCAAUAUAUCACUUGGAUCUUUAGAUUCUAGUUAUACUUCGGAUGGAUCGCGGAACAAGAAUGGAGAUGGCUUAAGUUUGGCACCAGAUCAGAACUGUGAUUAUCUUUGCCGAUAUCGUACUCCCAGCAACACAAGUAAGAUGGAUUUGGAGUCUCUAUCCAGCCUUGCAGAGCUUGAUUGGGAAUCACAAUAUAAGAUUGUUGAAGAUUUGAAAAAUCAUUUGGAAUCUGACGAUCUAGCUUGUUUUUCUAUGUCAUCCGAGAAUUUCAUUGAGCCUCUAAUUAAAUUUUUGAGCACUGGUCAUGAUUUACAUGAUAUAAUAGCAUCGAAAGGUGGAUUUCAGUUGUUAUCAACAUUUCUUAACAAAUACAGGAGUGGCAUAAGAUACCUAAAUGAAGAUGUGUAUAGUCUGUUGUCAAUUUUCCUCGACUCUGAAGUAACUGAUGAGGUUUUCGACAUCAUGGAAGUAUUAUCUUGCCAAAGCAGUUGUAGAUCUAAGAUUGCUGCAUCUGGUGCCGUUGUUUCCAUUUUAAAUAUUCUUGACUCAAAGAAUAUAGUUUUCAGAGAAAGAGCCAUUAAAAUUUUGUGCAAUUUGUCAUCGAGCACCGAUGUUUGUUCCAUGGUGCGUUUGGACUGCAUCUCGAAAUUUGUUUCAUUCUUGCAAGGCACCACCCUCGCAGGGCACUGUCUAUUGGUAUUGAGAAAUUUGUGCCGUAACGAAGAGGCUAGGGCUUCUAUUGCUCAAACUUCUGGAUGCAUUGGUUUUUUAGUCAUAUUACUCGAGACUAGCAGUCACGAGGAUCAAGAGCAUGUGUUGGAUAUCCUCCUUUCGUUGUGCUCACAAUGUGCCGAGUAUUGUCGCUUAGUAAUGGAUGAGAGUGAUAUAUUCACUGCCCUUUUUGAUGUAUCUGUUAACGGGAGUGAAAAGGGGAAAGCAAGUGCAUUGGAAUUGCUACGACUCCUUAGAGUUACCAACUACGAUGACAAGCAACAAGAAUGCUUUCAAUCCGACAAUGUCAUAUCCGAAGAUGCUAACCAGUAUGCCAAAGGCAAGAAGUCUCGCAAGACAUUGUUUGGAGUGAAACUUCCAACAUUCACAAAAUCCAUUCCGACAAAAAAGAAGAAAUGAAACCUUCUUUUUGCUCUGGAUUGACAUCGUGGCGACAAUAUCAUCAUACGGUAACUAAAUG